AUGGCCGCCUACGACAUCCAGCGACAUUUCAGUGGUCUCCGCGUACAGACCGCCCGCCGGCGCCGCGACCCCUUUGCCGAGACGUUUGAUGAUGACAGUGAGGACGAAGGCAGGAAGAGCAGGACCAAGACCAAGGCUCCGGCCGCAGCCAAGACACCGGCAACCGCCCCGGCCAAAACGAGCGUCGCCUCACCCUUUGCAUCUCUCGACGCCCUGCGAGACAGCGACGAUGACUUCCUAGACGUCCCGACGCAGAAGAAGAGAACCGACCGCCGUCCCAGCCCGGCGCCUGCGAAACUUGCAGCGCAGCGCGUGAUCGACGGAGCUGGCCGACGAGGCUCGCUGCCUGGUGCCCUCCCCAGCACCGACCCCAAGAAGGCUGCUGUGCUCGCGGCUGGUCCGUUGGCAUAUCUCGACGAGAGCAGCGACGACGAACCUCUUGUGCGCCUCUCCCGUAGCGACAGCCCGGCAUCCCGCAAGGGCUCCAACGACCCCAGUGCCCGCUCUCAGACCCCCCGAGGCGACACGCUCGCAGCGAAAGAGCAGUCUCCAAAAAACAUAAUCGCACCUCCCAAACACACCGUCGCGUCGCCCUUUGCCGGCACGAAAUACCUGCAGGACAGCGACAGUGACGAGGAAGCCGUCUCCUCUCGCAAGAACAGCGCCGACAGCGGCAACUCUCCGGAACGCAAAGCAAACAGCACCAACGGCGAACCCAGCAAGCACCUCGAUGUCAAGCGCGUCGACAAGCCCAAGCAGAAUGGCUCAGGCGUCUCAUGGCGCGCCUUCUCCGCCAGCCGCGCAGAGCAGCGCUACGCCGAGGUCGAGGCUCUCCAGGCAAGCCUUAGGCAGCGUGGAAGGACCAUAUCCUUCUGCCCGCACGUUACAACCGACGACGGGAAGCGAAUCCCUCUUAGUUCAACAUCUGAACGCGGACCCGGCCCAAAGGGAAGAGCAAGAGGAAAGUCUCCGCCGAGACGAGCUGAGGACACGAAGCCCCACAGCGAUGAGGUGGCUAAUCGGACAGGAGGAGGACCAGUGGGAAUCUACAACCCGGUCGAGUUCAAGACGAACCCAUUCACCGCGAUAUCAAACGACCUGGACCGGUCAAUAACAGCCUCCCUGACAUCCGCAUCGACGAUAUCUCCCAGCAAUGAUCGCGAGCUGCAGACUCCUGUGUCACCUACAAGCACCAGCGCCCUUACCGACUCGAUCGAAUCAAUAGCCGCCAAAUUAACAGUCUCGCCGCAAACAAUACCUGAAUCGCAGCGGGUCGAUCAUUCUGUGUACUCGCCUGUUCUGAUGUCGCCGACCGCAGAAUUCGACCGUGAUCAGCUCAGCAGAAAUUCGAGCACACGGUCCAUACGUAUGCCACGCCCCUCGAGGAUACCUAACUCUGGAUCCAGACGCAACUCGCGGCGAUCUACAUCUGCUAACACUUCAGUCAGUCCUGCGCAUGCUUUCCUCUCAAACUGGGCCAAGGCAGAAGCCGAGGAAGCGGCUGCCGAGCCCAAGCCUGAUGAUGAAGGUCAGUCCAUUGGUCUCAACAACGAAUACGUUAUAGGUCGGACCAUCAAUCGCGGAGGCUUUGGCGUUGUCAAAGAAGUCCAUUCGCUUGAAGAAAAUGGCCAUCGAGUCGUUCGCGCUGUCAAAAUCGUCCGCAGAAAUAUCGGUGGGGUCAACGAAGCCGACAACGACAAGGCACAGCAAGAAGUGGAGCAUGAAGUAUCGAUCUGGCGAUAUCUCAAACAUCGGCACAUACUGAGCCUGCACGCCGUGUAUGAGACCGAUUUCGCAACCUUCUGUGUUAUGGACCUCAACGUUGGCGGUACACUCUUCGAUCUGGUACGAAAGUGCAGGCAGAACGCAUCAGCCAACAACGGGCGAAAAGGUCUUCCUGCGCAUCUUGCCAAAAGCUACGCAUACCAACUGGCGUGCGCUUUGAGAUACUUGCAUGAAGACAUCCGGGUCUGUCAUCGCGAUGUCAAACUGGAGAACUGUCUGGUUGACUUGACAGUGCCUAAUGCUGAUGUCGAAGGUGGUAACCUCAGACUCUGCGAUUUUGGUCUGGCGGAUUUCCUCCACAGUGAGAGCAUCGAUGAGACGACAGCGCCAGACAGAUACUCAGAGCAUUUGUCGCUUUCGACUGAAAUACCCGUUACUACUGCCUCGUCAAUCAUUGGUACGCUGGAAUACGCCUCUCCGAAAGGUCUCUCCGUCAAUCGCAAGCUAUUCGAGACAGCUGGCGAUGUCUGGGCUUUCGGUGUCAUCGUCUACGCACUUUGUACAGGCGACCUGCCAUUCAAACAUGCGAUGCCCAGCAAAACGGCCGAACUGAUCCUCAGAGCAGACUGGGACGAGACCGCACUUCGCGAAGUCGCAGCAGGAGGCGGAGACGUCAUCGACCUGGUCAAAGGCUGCCUGGAGAAAGAGAUUGACAUCAGAUUUACGAUCAGCGACGCUCUCCGAUCCCCAUGGUUCGAGGGAUGUCGCGAGGAAAGCGAGGAAUCUUUACGAGGGAAUGGAUGGAACUGA